AUGUCGAGCUUGAAGUCCAAUGGCAAGACGAAGAUGGAGAGAGCCAAUUCACUUAUUCUGCACUGUUCUGAGUCUAAUAAACUCUACUUGGCAAUCACAGGGUAUAAGAUUUUGUUGAGAUGUGAGAAAAUACGAAACACAUUAGAGUCAUGUUUAAGCCUAAUUCAAAAUAUGGUUCAUCUAGUUAUGGUUGCUCAGAUAUCAAGAAUUGUUGACGAUCUUAAGGCUGCCACUUUUACAUUGGAAUCCUCUGAAGACGAGGCUAGAAUCAUUUUACUCACAUUGAUCCAUCAAGAUAGAGCUGCAUCAGAUUCCGCUAAUAUAUCAGAACUCAAGGCUCUUAAACUGGCAGCUUUAAGAUUACAUAUUACCUCCCAAAUGACUAUCUUAAUAGAGAAAAGGUCCCUUAGAAAGCUGUUAUCUAAGAUCCACGAUACCGAUCCAAACAGGGAGAAAAUACUAAAAUACCUCUUGUAUCUUCUGAACAAGUAUGGAAAAUCAAUUCGGGGAUACCGAAUGGCGAGCAUUGUAUCUCAGCACGACAACUCCCUUAGUCAGUCCAUUAAGCCAGUACCAAAUGUGGAAAAUUCAGGAGGGCGUUCUCAAGUUGAUGUGUUUGAUACACCCGAACCUCCUGAAGAAUUCAAUUGCCCUCUCUCUGCAAGACUGAUGUAUGAUCUUGUUAUAAUAGCUAACGGGCAAACAUUUGAAAGGGUGUGGUAG